AUGGCAAAUGGUAGAUUCAUGAAUAACUUACCUCAGGAUCUCCAAAAAGAAAUUCUCUUAAGAUUAGAUCCCAAAUCCUUUGUGAUGAUGCGGUGCACGAGUAAAUCUAUGGAACAUAUAACCAAAGAUCCAAGUUUCAAAUCUCUAUACUGGUCCCGGACCGCAUCCAGUUUGCUUUACAUCGGGGUAUAUGGCUCCAACAUGGCAUGUUUCCACCAUGUUGGUGAAGUUCGACCAUCCCAUAGCAAAGGUCGCUCAAAGUGCAUAUGCUUCAUCCUAGGUUACUGUUCUAGCCUUAUCCUUGUCUAUAUUCAUGGAUGUUUCUGUGUCGCCAAUCCCCUCACGAAGAAAUACCAGUUCCUUGAUUACUGUUAUUUGGAAACAAAGAAGAACAUCGGGUUUGCGGUUGAUCAAAUCGAUAAAACUACUCAGAGGUUCAAAAUCGUCUGCAUAACAGAGGUCGCUGUUUCAAAUCAAGGUGAGACCAUGUAUGGAUUUCUUAUUAACGCAGGGAACUCAUGGAAAAUAUCAAAAACCAAGAUCACUUGUCUCUCGAGCCAUCUCAUGAGGGAUAUGAAACCGGUUUACUUCCAAGGAAGCCUCUGCUGGUUCAAAAGCGGCGGAAGCAUUAUAGGUUUUAAUCCCGAAACAGAGAAAGCACGUCUGAUUCCGACCAAAUUUGAUCACCAAGUGGGCGCGAAACUUUUGCUCAGUGCUGACGAUGAAUAUCUGACAUUGAUAUCGGCAACUGAAGAACUGAUUUACCUUUAUGCUCUCGAGAAUAUCUUAACUGAUUCUAAAUGGAUCCUCACGAGACGGAUUAAGAACAAGCCAGUGCACCAAAUAAUGCUGUUGUGUUGGUGCGUGGAGGCUUUUGAUGGUAGGCAUGUAUUGGUGAGUGCGAAGGAUGAAAUAGAGGAUGCAAUUUAUGGCUAUGAUGUGAGAGCGAACACAUGGAGUGUCAUGGGUGUGGUUUCGAAGUGGGGUGAUGCAGGUUGUGAUCUUUAUCAGUUCAAGCCGUCGUGGUCUUCUGUAAACGGACUACAUGAUCAGAAUAAUGGGUCCAUGUUAAGUUUAUAUGCUAGGUUUAGAUCCCACCGUGAAAUCUCUGUAAAAGGCAUUAUGGAACUGAUUAAUGGUCAUUUCAGAAUCUAA